AAUACACACAUACGGCCAGUAUCACGCGUGCGGACGACAGUGAGUUUACAUGCGCACGAGGGCACUGCGGAGUGCUGAUUACCGCGCGCGCUAAAAAAGAUCACAGUCUCGUGCAGUGAUUCCACCUCCUGGUUUAUUAAUCGAACUGGGUCGUUUUUUUGAACGCAGAGGACACUUUUGAAUUUGAAAUGAACGGAGACACUGGAGUGAUUCCGCCCGUUGGAGUGCACUUGUCUCAAGAGUGAACCCGUCCCACACCCGACGUCCUUAAAGAAAACGAGGAGACUUGGCUGAUGCAUCUCGGCGCGAGCGUCCAUUUCACGGCAAUUACAGUUGGAAGCAAAAGGGGGGGGGGGCGGUCUGCAAUCCUCCGAAGAGAUCCCCUGUUUAUCUUCAGCCUCAAGCCAGCGCAAUAGUACCCACACGUUCGCUGCGAGCGUAAAAGUAACCCGACGGCUGACAUUCAAAGCGAAGAGUCACUUUUUCUCCAUUUACACGGGAGACAGGGUCGCUCGUUAUUUCUUUUGGGGGAACACAUUGCAACCAAACUGCGUCUCGUGGUGCUCAUCUGCGGUCUCUCUCUCCGUUUGUGCCGAACGACUCGAGGAAUACCCUUCAAGUUUUCCCUUGGAAGUUGCGCAUUGUCAAAAUGGGAUUUGGUGGCUUUUUCGCCGUGCCCGGUAAAUGCCUUGUUGUCCUCGGACUAAAAUUGUUGUUCCUUAUACCUGCAGGAGUUCCGGCAAGAAGCGGGGACUCUUUAUUAAAGGACAACAUCACCGUGAGACAAGGGGACAGCGCCGUCCUAAAAUGCAGCGUGGACAGCAAGGUGACGCGGGUGGCCUGGCUGAACCGCACCACCAUCCUGUUUGCGGGCAGCGAGAAGUGGACCCUGGACCCCCGCGUGGUGCUCAUGGAGAACACGCCGGUCAGCGAGUACAGCAUCAAGAUCCUCAGUGUGGACGUCCACGACGAGGGCCCCUACGUGUGCACCAUCCUCACCAACAAGAAGCCCAAGUCCACCAAGGUUCACCUCAUCGUUCAAGUGCCUGCCAGAAUCACCAAUAUAUCCCAGGCCGUGACGGUCAACGAGGGCAGCAACGUCAACCUGGUGUGUCUGGCCCUCGGUCGGCCGGAGCCCAGCGUGGUGUGGAAGCAUCACUCUGUGAGAGGUGUACACAAGUUUGUCAUGGACGGGGAACACCUGGAGCUGAGAGGCAUCACCAAAGAGCAGUCAGGAUCAUACGAGUGCAUGGCCUCCAAUGACAUCUCCACCCCUGAUACCAGGACCGUGCAGGUCGUCGUCAACUACCCUCCGUCCAUCUCCAAGGCCCGGACCACCGGCACACCCGUGGGACAGAAGGGCAUUCUCCAAUGCGAAGCCUCCGCGGUUCCCAGGCCAGACUUUGAGUGGUACAAAGAAGACCGCAGGCUUUUCAACGGGCUGAACGGCGUGAAGAUAGAGAACCAGGGGAAAAUAUCCAUGCUUGUGUUCUUCAACGUCUCAGAAGAAGAUUACGGGAACUACACGUGCGUGGCCAUGAACAAGAUGGGGAUCACCAACGCCAGCAUAAUCCUAUAUGGACCAGGUGCCAUGCAUGAUGUCAAUGGCGCCGCUCUGUCGCCCUACUGCGCCCAAAGCCUGGCUCUGACCGUCACCUUAUUGCACCUCCUCAAGUUCUGAUGUGAGUCACGGCCACCCUCCCUCCCUCCAGACUAACAGUCGAGUACGAAGAUGAACAGAAAGCCCAGAAACAGCAGUGGUCCUCCCGUGGAAGUGUGUGUGUUGGGGUAUGUGUGUGUCUGUGUGUAUGUUUGUGUGUAUGUGGGUGUGUGGACGUGUGUGUGUACGCAUGUGUGUGUGUGUGUGUGUGUGUGUGUGUGUGUGUGUGUGUGUGUGUGUGUGUGUGUGUGUGUGUGUGUGUGUGUGUGUGUGUGUGUGUGUGUGUGUGUGUGUGGGUGUGUGGACGUGUGUGUGUACGCAUGUGUGUGUGUGUGUGUGUGUGUGUGUGUGUGUGUGUGUGUGUGUGUGUGUGUGUGUGUGUGUGUGUGUGUGUGUGUGUGUGUGUGUGUGUGUGUUUGUCCUGGUUUUACACCAGGCUAUGAACUCCACCACCAGAUGAAGGGGUGCCCCACAGUGGAGGAGGAGGGAAUCAUUCCGUGCACUGAAGAGAUGAUGGUAGGGCCGCUGGCUUAAGAGUCCCCACCUCACCCCAACCCCCCGUCCCCCCCGCUCCCCUCUUUCGUAUGUAAAAUGGGAAAAACUAAAACAUUAAUGUAAAUGUUGACUGUUUUUUGCCCAAUAUUGGAGUGUACAUUAAGAUAAUUAGUGUGUCACGUCUUGUUCAAUCUCUGUAUGAUUUUUUUUAAGUAAAUGAACAUAAAAAGGAAAAAAAUGCUAUGUGAUUGGUGAAUUUUACUGUAUUUUUACAGUUGUAUGCAACACAAAAUGAAAGCAUUCUAUAUGAACUCAAUGUUCUGCAUAAAAUAAUAUUACUAUUAUUUCUCAGGCAAAGCCCUACAUCAUGGUACAUAAUACAUUUUGAGAAUCUUUAUUUCUGUAUGUGUGCGUGUGCGUCUGUGUGUGUGUGUGUGUGCGCGUAGAAUGUACAAAUGUGUACAGUGGAUUCCAGCCUUUGUUUUAAAAAUGAUACUGUAUUUAAACCUGGUAUGUUUUAACACCAACUGUUAGAAAGCAGCUAUCCGUAAGUAUUUAUGUAACAUAAGUGUCAUACAUGAUCGACUCUCAAGUCCAAAUAUGGCAACCAUAAACCAUGACGCUGUAGCUUAAGUUCACUUUGCAGAUACUUGGCAAGGAAAAAGCAACAAGGACAACAUAGCAUCUUUUCAACGAAGGUCCUUGUUCUGUCCUCUGGAGGUCACAGGGUAUGGGCAACGAUGCAACACCAUUCACAGCUCUAGCUUAAAAGCCAAAGCCUCUUUGAGGUCAUUGAGGAUUAAAGUUUGGAGAAUAGAGGGUACGGGACAUCGGCAGUCUGUCCAACAUAAAAGGCUUCUUGUUUUGGGAAUUGAAUCAUCACAGAUUAGCUGUGAUCUGCUAUACGGGACCUUGCACGAAACAAAACGCUUGAUGCAGGCCUUAGCCAAACAUAAAAUGUAAGUACGACAUGCUUUAUAGCUCAUACUCGCUAGUUAGUUCGCUAUAUUUACCCACAGAACAAAAAAUCGAUUGACCUUUUUAAAUCAGCUUUUCAUUUUUCUAUUCCACCCGGGGAGGGUUAAAUGUACGUCACCUAUGACACCUAUGUUGCAUGAAUACCUCAGGAAUGUACCUCAAGAAAUGCAUCAACGUGGAUGAAUUUGUAGCUGACAUGAAGCUUUUGUUUAGGCAUGUGGUGUUUGGCAGGUAUUUGGCUUGGCCCCCAAUGGACGCUCUACACCAAAAUGUUCACACUGCAGGUCUAACGCGUUAACUUAACUCUGGGUUUGUUCCUCUGAGUGUAACGCCGUCAGUACAAGUACAUGGUCCAUGCUGGUCCAUUGGUUAACCUGAUUGAGAAACGCCAGAUUAAAUGUUGUUAGCUACAUCUUCACUGUGCUAUGACACACAUGCUACACAGGUCCAUUCUGAACUGCAGGAACUGCUGUAAAGUUUUGUUGAGCGAUUGCUUUUAGAAACAGUCGUAGUGAGGGAGUGUGUUGCUUAUCGCUGUUGUUGGAGAUCCCUCCCGCAAAAGUGUGUAUGCAUGGCUGUAAAGAGAGCUUUCUUUGUGGAAAAAAAAUUGUGGAAAACCUUUGACAGAAUUGCCAUACUUUCAUAACCCAAAAUAAAGCAUUCUGAUUAUGUUGCCCGGUUAAUGUUUGGUAGAAAUGUAAACUAACAUAAAUUACAACCAGAGCAUUUGGGUGAAUUCAUUUCUGAUCUCUGGCAUCUGGCCUCUGGCUGAAUGUUUUUAGAAAAUAUGAGUCCCAGUGCUACUUUCAGUCUCCUACUCAGACGUAGAGUCAUUCAGCAAACCAACCUUGUUUUGUAAGGGUGGAUGACCCGCGUCAAGCAAGUCUCAAGUCUCGGACAGUUUCACAAACACUUCGAUAACAAUUAUCACAAGUGAACAAAGGUUGGUUGACUAUAACGCUGCUGCUAAAUCCACGUACUCUGGGCCGCCACGCACACAACAACCUUCUUUAAAGGGAAUCUUCAACAAUGGAGGGCGACGCUGUUAGAAUGACACCAGAGUGCGGUCCUUUUUAGGCGGUAUUACUUUGGCUGCCUCAGUUGAUAUAUGCAGACAUUUCCAGCAAAGAGUAUAACAUACACAUACAGCACAAGCGACUUGAUGAUUUGAUGAUGCACUGUAAUUGACUGUAUACUUAGGGUAGGAAAAAGUUUAGACAGCGGAGGAUAGAGGGCAGUAAGGGGGAGAGUUGCUGUUUUGAUGAGUGUUUGUGAAGUUGGUGAAGCAGCCAGUGGUAAAAUUCGUGGAAAGAUGUAAAAUAACAUGUGAGGGGAAGUAGAAAACAUAAAAAAACAGCUAAUACUCUUAUUGUUCCAAAAAAUAUACCCCGUUAAAACCAUAUACAAUCACGUAUAUUGAUGUCAAUAAGCCUUAGCCACAUUCUUUAUUUGAAUUCCCUAUUAAAAAAAAGUUGUAUUUUUGCAUAAAUGCCUUGAAGGAAAAAGUAUUAGCACAGUCUAAUGGCUUUUCUAAAAAUUUAAGGUUGUUCUUGCUGUAUUCCUUAAUUAAAUAAUAUUGUUAACAUGUUCAAUCCAUAAUCCUGGGAGAAAUAUGCACAACACUCCUCGUCUCAUGUGAGUUUACGACGUAUGACCGCACUGACUGCUGCAUUGUUCAACUGUUUGGUACAUGUUUUUGGUACAAUGUUGGGGGAAAAAAGCAUUGUUAAAUAUGAAUCAAUGGUCAUCGAGUUGGAAAUGAUUACUGUUGUGGAAUGGAAUAAUUGUAUCAUUUGAUUGCAGAUAAUUGUCCAUAAAAUGUUAAAACUGGGA